AAUCAAUACUGCCGUUUGAGUUAUUUUCGAAAAAUGUAUUUACCUUCCUGAACGAGAUAACUUAUAGUUCAUGUCACGUCAUAGGGAUCAAAGAGCAUCAACACACAAGCAAAAUGGCAUCUGAAGAGGAAAAAGAGAUCAUGGUUCGUGAGUUUCGGGAAAUUUUUCAUGGCAGAUUUGACGCAGAAGACACAAGAAGAAUAUUUGAACAUCUUAAUUGGGACAAGAACGCUGCCGUCAACUUCGUGCUUAAAAAUGAGGCAAAAGAAGUUAGAAAAUUAACAUCUUUGUCUGAGGAUGUGAUUAGUGAACUAAAAACAGAUCCCGAAGUCAUAGAAGCUUUACAAGAUGGUGUAAAGUCAACAGUCCGACAAUUUGCUUGUGAACAAUGUGAUAAUGUUUGGUGGUGGCGUGUUCCGAUACGAAAACAGGUUUCUAAAUGUAGAAAAUGCAAACAGAAGUAUGACCCGAUACCAAGAGAAAAUGAAUGGGGCUGGGCUGCGUUUGACUGCAACAAUUGUGGAAAAAGAUUUAGUGCCCAUGGAGAAAUGAAUGUAACAAUAUGCAGGUGUUAUAACUGUUGGCAUAAUGUUAGAUAUCCAACAUGUAUAAUCCAUGGACGUUGUAAUAAACGCAAUAGAAGAUCAGGUAGCGGGCAUAGCUGUGAAGCGGAAGAUUGUACAAGUAGACGUCAUGUUCCAAUUCAUGAAGUUGACGAAGACAGGGUUUAUGAUGAACAGGAGGAUGACAAUUUAUGCACUGCCGCUGGAGGAGAAAACAGUAUUGGGAUAGCUAGAGAAGUUAAAAACUUAAAGAUAGGGUCUAACCCAGGUGUAAAUCAAAAACCACAAAAAUUCAAAUGUCUUUCACCCGAAACAAGAAUGAAUAAAAAGAGAGUGAUACACUCAAGCCCACGUCACCUAAGUACUGGCUCUACUGUGGCAACAUUUCUACCACAGGAUGACAUAGCAUCAACCUAUGUACCUUCACUGUCAUCAAUAAGAGAGGAAAGAGGUCAACAUGGGUUUAGAGGAGGAGGAAGUGGACGAAACGGAAGGAGUGGUAGAGGAGGGAGACGAUAGAGGAAGAAGAAGUGGCAUAAGGAGACGACAAGGUGGUGAAAAAACUCUUGUUAAAAGAAUACAUUCAAAUACUAUAAGUGAUAACAAUAAUAAAAAAAAAUCAUGUAUUGUUUGUUCCUGUUUAAAAUAAUUUUUAAAUCAUA